ACACCACCAUCUUCAACAAAUACAAUGGAAGUACCUUAUCUAUAUGUCUCCUUUCUACUACUUCUAGGUUCCUACCUCUUCACAUCCCUCUUUCGUCGAAAAUUCUCCAACCUCCCGCCCACUGUCUUCCCGUCUCUCCCCGUAAUCGGCCACCUCUACCUUCUGAAACCACCACUGUACAGAACCUUGGCAAAAAUCUCCGACAAAUAUGGUCCCAUUGUCCGCCUCCAAUUGGGCUUCCGCCGUGUCGUGGUGAUCUCCUCCCCUUCCCUCGUCGAAGAAUGCUUCACCAAGAAUGACGUCAUCCUCGCCAACCGCCCCCGGAUGCUAUUCGGCAAGAUCAUCGGUGUCAACUACACUAGUUUAGCCUGGGCGCCCUACGGCGACAACUGGCGCAACCUCCGCCGCAUAGCAUCCAUCGAGAUCCUAUCCAUCCAUCGUCUGAACGAAUUCCACGACAUACGAGCCGAAGAAGGAAGGUCGCUGAUCCGUAAGCUAGCGUCCAGUUCUUUUCCGGUGACAAUGAAGAAUUUAUUCUAUGAGCUGACUUUGAAUGUGAUGAUGAGGAUGAUCGCCGGGAAGAGGUACUUCGGUGGUGAUAAUCCGGUGUUGGAGCAAGAAGGAAUACGAUUCAGGGAAAUGCUACAUGAAACCUUUAUACUCGCCGGAGCUUCAAACGUCGGAGAUUAUUUGCCAAUUUUAAGUUGGUUGGGAGUGAAGGGACUGGAGAAGAGGUUGAUCGCGUUGCAGGAGAAAAGAGAUGUUUUCUUUCAAGGAAUUAUCGAUGAACUUCGCAAAUCAAAAGGAAGUGAUCAAGCCCGAAACAAAAGGAAGACAAUGAUCGAAGUUUUGUUAUCACUACAAGAAUCCGAUCCCGAAUACUACACUGAUGCAUUGAUCCGAAGCUUUGUGCUUGUUUUAUUAGCAGCUGGGAGUGAUACUUCAGCAGGAACCAUGGAAUGGACCAUGUCCCUUCUACUAAACCACCCAGAAGUUCUACAAAAGGCGCAAAACGAGAUCGAUCAAGUUGUCGGAAAAGAUCGUGUUGUUGAUGAAUCUGACAUAUCAAAUCUACCUUACCUUCGUUGUAUCAUAAACGAGACCCUUCGACUGAAACCCCCAGGCCCUUUACUAGUUCCACACGAAGCAUCAGAAGAUUGUGUGAUAGGAGGGUAUAACAUCCCCGGAGGGACGAUGGUGCUGGUGAAUCAAUGGGCGAUACAUCAUGACCCGAAGGUCUGGGCCGACCCGGAAACGUACAACCCGGAAAGAUUUGAAGGUCUGGAAGGGACAAGAGAUGGGUUUAAGCUGCUGCCGUUUGGGUCUGGAAGGCGGAGUUGUCCGGGGGAAGGGUUGGCUGUGCGUCUUCUUGGGAUGACUUUGGGGUCGAUGAUUCAGUGUUUUGAUUGGGAAAGGAUUAGUGAAGAAAUGGUGGAUAUGAGUGAAGCUCCUGGGCUUACGAUGCCUAAAGCUGUUCCAUUGGUCGCCAAGUGUAAACCACGUCUACAGAUGGAGAAUCUGUUGUCGCAGCUGUAAUUAAGUCGAUUGUUUAUUCGGAAGAAGUUGGUGAUGAUGCGUUAGCUCCUGUUUCUAACUAGCGGGAUUACGAAUAUACUUAUGAUUCCUUUAGUUGCCUUCAUGUUGCAUCUUGUUGAUAGGAAAAUUUGAAAUGAGUUAAAAUAAGCGGAUUAUGGGUAUAUUUUGAGACGAAC